UGAAGGCCGAAGGAGCGAUUCUCAAACUCUCUUUUUCGUGCGUCUUGCCACAGUUCCAAGCAGCUUUUCCUGAGACGACGACCCUCCUUCCAUCAUCAUGGCUGUCGCUCAGCCGGAGGUCAAGCUUUUCGGGCGCUGGUCUUUUGACGACAUCGAGAUUAAUGACAUCUCGUUAGCCGAUUACAUUGCCGUUUCUGUGGACAAGCAUGCCACCUUCGUCCCUCACACUGCUGGACGAUACUCCGUCAAGCGAUUCAGGAAGGCUCAAUGUCCCAUUGUUGAGAGAUUGACCAACUCCCUCAUGAUGCACGGUCGCAACAAUGGAAAGAAGUUGAUGGCUGUCCGCAUUGUGAAGCACGCCAUGGAGAUUAUCCAUCUCCUGACUGACCAGAACCCCAUUCAGGUCAUCGUCGAUGCUAUUAUCAACAGUGGACCCCGUGAAGAUGCCACACGUAUUGGAUCUGCGGGAGUUAUCAGAAGGCAAGCUGUGGAUAUUUCCCCAUUGAGGAGGGUUAACCAGGCCAUCUACUUGCUUACUACUGGUGCGCGAGAGUCUGCUUUCAGGAACAUCAAGACCAUUGCAGAGUGCUUGGCUGACGAAUUAAUUAACGCAGCUAAAGGGUCUUCCAACAGCUACGCCAUCAAGAAGAAGGAUGAGAUCGAGCGUGUGGCCAAGGCCAAUCGUUAAGCUAGUUGCAAGAUGUUUAUUGCAUCUGGGAACUCUUUAAAUGUUUAAUCGUGAGGUGGAGCUGUCUCCUGGAAUUGUGGCUCACAGAAGUUUCAUGGUCAAUCAAGGUUUCUCAACAUCUGUUGCUGAGUUGAAUUGGCAGUGCUCUUAUUACUCUGAUUUGCGGACUUUAACUGUUCACUGUGUUAGUAUUGUUCUCGAUAUUCUGGCACUGCACUUUGUCUGAAGUUCCUGGUCACAGCUGAGCUGGGAAUGACCUGUUAUCUUCUUUCACACGUUUCAUAGAAUUUAGAUUUGGAACAGAUCUAGAUGAGCGAAAUGGUCAAGGCAGCCCAUGUCUUGGUAAGUAAUGUGGUGCACAGAAAUACUUGACUGCCUGUGAGCAGGUAAUGGUGUCAUCUUUCAUUUUCA